AUAAGUUUUCACAUUCAAUGAUGGGCUGGAUUUUAGUAAGGUUUACUCGGGAUAAAUCCGGAGACGUCAUCCCGGAAGGAUGGCUACAUAAAAACAAGGAGCAAGCUUACUGGCCGAAUUGCGGCACUAAAGAAGUUCAGGAAUUAAUUAAAAGUAACGAAAAAGUGAACACGAAGUGGAGAAAGUGGAAGAUUGCACUACUGUCCGACAUACGUUAUGGAACAUAUGACGAAGCUGUCAAGGCGUUUGACCAGCAGUGCAAAACCUUUCAGCGAAUGGCUGAAGAAACAGAUGACGAAAGUGUCCUGCUUAAAAGAAAAACGAAGGCAACUGCAAAGCCGGCUGUUGUCUCAUCCUUAUCGAUCCCGUUCAACCUUAAAACGAUUAAAAAAGCUUCGGAAAAUGAGGAACAUCAGAAAGAAAAGGAGGAUGUCAUUUCCUUGGAAAAUCUCAAUGAAGAUGACAAUUGCUCUUUAACAUCCUAUUCCGAUGACAAUGAUAGGAAUGAAGACUCUGACAAGGAAAGGGAGUCUGACGGCUCAAUAUCAAUAAUUAAUCAAAACCAAAUGGACCCAAACACACCUACUCCCCCUGCAAGUAACGAGGAGAAUAAGGAUGAUAACCCAAACCCACUUCCUUCCCCUGUGAAUCAGGAGGAGAAUGAGGGUGAUGGUUCUGCUAAAGAGGAUACUACCAAGGCAUCAAAUGAUGAUAAAAGCGAAUUGAAUUCCAAUGAUUUAAAGGAAAUAAAAAGCCUUCUGUUGGAGAUAAAAACAGAGGUCAAUCACUUGAACACCGUUGUCGAUGAAAAACGGUACUUUGAUUCCAAAUAUGACUACGCGGAAAUUGAAGAGCUUCUCCCUUUUUGCGAUGAUACAAAACUGGGGAAAUUUCACCAAAAGAUCAAAGAAGAAAAAAACUAUGAGUACAAAGUUAUAAAGUGCUUUCGGACCUACGGUGGAAGCACGGAAAGAAAAAUUGCCACCAAAAUUAUGGAACGCUUGCUGACAUACCCGCUUGCAUCUAAGUUCUCCAUGAAGGGUGGAAAACUAAAGGAAAGUUUUUCUGUCUUGAACGUGUAUCAAACUAUAAUAAAAGUUGUCAAACAUACCAUGACCCAGCCAAAUGAAAAAGAAAUUGACGCAGCAAUAGACUCCUUCUUGAGGCACGCCCCAGAUAAUGUGCCAACUGAGGAAGAAGAAAGAACUGUGAAAAAAAGGAAGCGGACAUUCCAGGUAAAACUUCCAUUCUAUUUGACUGUGAAAGGAAAAGAAAAAGCCGUAACCGACCAAGCAAAAGAAAAAGCCCUAACCAACCAAGCAAAAGGAGAAGUAGCAGCAAAAAAGGCAAAAACUAAUGAGACAACUGAACCGAAGACAGAUCCUCCUUCAGUACAAGCGGGCCCGUCAGCAGUUCCACUCAAUAUUGAGGUCAACAAAAGUUGAGUCCUCGUGAAAAAA